AGCGGGAAAGCAGCAGCAGCAGCAGCAGCAUCUGCGGGAGAAGUUCCGUCGAGCCGCGGCUGUGGUCGGGAUGGAGUGGGGCAGCGGGGCGUCGCUGGCGCAGGAGCUCCGGUGCUGGGCGGCCGAGGAGAUGCAGCUCCCGCCGGACAGAAUCCCCUCCGAGAGUGCGGCCCGCCGGAUGUGCUCAGGUCAGUGUGCUGAGAUCUGGAAAUUCGUCAUCCAGCAUGUUCGCCACCAGAGGACCGUAAAGAAGAUCCGGGGCAAUUUGCUAUGGUAUCGGCAGAUGGAGGAGACUGAGGGCAAGCCCAGCAGUUCAGAAUCGGAGAAGGAGCGCCGUAAGCAGCUGGUCCAAGACAUCUCCCGCCUGCGGGGGGAGCUGCAGCAGCUGGACUUGCAGAUUGAAUCAGCACAGCAUGAACUCGUGGCAGAUGAGGUCGCCCUGGAGACGGCGCAGGAGGAGAUCCGGGAUGCCAAGCGCCGCAGCUUGCUGCUCAAGGCGUACUCUGCCCGGGUCGCAGCAGAGCGUCAGCAACUGCAAGCGAGAGCGGCAAAAGUCGGAGGCCGCCUGGAGCAGCUGCAAGAGAUGGAGAGGAAGGCCAGGACAGCGGUGGUGUUCAGCAAGAAAGCCCCGGAGCCUGGAUUCCCCAGCAUGGAGCCGGAGGUUUUGCGAGAUGUCCAGGAGGCCUGCCAGCUGCGCUUCCACUUCCUGAAGACCCUCUUUGAGCACAGCGUAUCAGGGCAUUUUCCCAGCGGGAUGAAUGAGGAGCAGCUGAACCCUUCCUACCAGCACUGGCUGAGCGUUGUGGAGAAAGUAGCUGGCUCCCACCCUCCUGCCCACAUCCUCUCAGCCCUGGAGCACCUUGCCUUGCAGAACACACAGCAGCUGCAGGAGCUCACCACCAGCAUCAACAUUCCUAGGGAUGUGGAAGCCCUCAAGUUUCGCUAUGAUAACGCCCACCUGGAGGAUGUCUCGGAGCCAAUGAAUGACCUGCCCUCUGUCCGGACCCUCAUACAGGAGGGCUGGAGCAAGUGCGAGAUGCUUUGUGUGGAGCAGAUCCCUUUAAACGCCCAGGAGAGGAGCCUCUUGGCUCGGCUGGAAGCUGUCGUCCAGGAGAUGCAUAGCCUGCUGUCUGAUGACUCGGAGCGCUCUAUCCUGGCCAGAGCUGCGUUUGAGCUGGAGCUUCGGGCCGUGCGGUUGAGGGGAUACAGAGACGGACUUCUGCAGGGCUGCCGGGAGCUGGAAGAGGCAGUGAGGACCCGGCAUGAGGAACUGCAGGCUGUGCAAGCUAAACGCCAGAGCAUCCUGGACUUCCGCCACCUGGUGAAUGAGAAACAGCAGCACAUCCGGGCGCUCAUCAAGGGAACGUCGUAUCUUAAAUCACAGCUUCGCAAGGACCAGGCAGAGAUCCAAGACUUCAUAGAAAAGAAACUGCUGCCUCAAGAGCAGUUGGUGAAGGAAGCAGCGGAGCAACUGGAGGAUAGGGUGGACCGCGAGGUUCGACAGUUUGGGACCAUUGCUCUGCCUUGCCUGCUGCGCCGCAAUCUCCCUGCGUCUCAGCGAAUCCCCGCCCAUGAGCUUUCUAUCCACCGCCUGAGCCGAACAGCGCCAGCCGUGUACCAGCCCUUCCUCAAUGUGUGCCAGGGAGUUGCCUUCCCUCUCUACAAGGCCCCGGAGGAGCUGCUCGUGCACACCACAGAGCUGAAGAAGAUGCUCAUUCUCCUGCGUGCCCAACUUGGCUCAAAGCAGAGAGUGCUGGGAAGCCUGCAGCGCCAGCUGGAUAACUCCCCGGAGCCAGAUGCGCAGGCUCUUGUGCGGGAGGUGCAGAGCCACGAUGAGGAGCAGGUCCUUGAGCUGCUGCCCCGGAUCCAGCGCAUGACGGAUCAGUGCCGGUGUCGUAUUGAGCGUUGGCAGGAGGUACAGGCUGUUGUGGACGCCUGGUGGGAGCAACCCGCGCAGUUUGUACUCCCCACCGAGCGCCGCCUUGGCUUCACCCUGCAGCAGUGGCUGGAGCGCUGGACCCUGGCUGCCAGAGCUCUGCAACAGAAGCAGCAGCAGCAACACCAGCAGCAGAGCUGGGUCUGAGACCAGGGUGGGAGAGUGCUGGGCAUUCGUGUCAAAAUGGCGCGCGCACACACAC